CUUUUUGUGUGUUGGGUUUGUGCUGGGUUUGGAAGGGGGGAGGGUGUGUGGUGGUUGAUGGGGAGGAUGUGAUACUAGGGAAGGGAGGAGAUGGAUGUGUGUAGAUGAUGUUGCUGAUCAAGUGGAAAUCUCUGCUCGCGUCUUCUUAUUAUUGAUCUGUAUAUUAUUCGAAGGAUAUUCGUGUUCAAUAUGUCAUGAUCAUUCUGCCAAGGUUCAGCUUGGUUGCUUAGGGAUAGAAAGAAGUAUAGUCUACGCUUCUAACCAAAUGCACAACUUCUAUGAUUCCGCCUAUAUGGUGAUGUGACACGUACAAGAACAUGGAAUUGAAAAUGACAUGCUAAGAAAUGAAGAA